AUGGCUACCACGAAGACUCAAGCCAAGACAGCAUUCCUCCUGUUGAAUCUAGUCUUCUUCACGUUCGCCUCUGGGCAACUGCUGAACCUUCCUGGCCUCAGGUGCGUCAACGAGACCCAGAAACUAGCCGACUGUGCCCUUCUGCUCCACAGUAUCGGAUUCGAUCCCGUUCGUCCCCUUAAUUCCCGCCUUCGCCCCUGUUGCUCUCUUUUGAUGAAUCUUACGAGUGCGGAUGCGUCCCUGUGCCUCUGCGUCGCGGCAAAGCUUAACCUGCUUGGUCCCAACAUCAGCGUCCCUGUUGACAUCCUUCUGAUACUGCGUAUCUGCGGCAAGCCGGUGCCCUCCGACUUGCCUUGUACAUAA